AUGUGGGCCAUACUGCUGUCUCGCCUCAAGGCCACGACAGCGGUCAUCAAGAAGCGCUACGACGAGCGUGCGCGCAUAGAGAAGGAGAUCUCUGCCCGGACGGACGACUGGUGCAUCGACGUCUUUCUGCAGCUAUACACACGCAUUCAGACGCUGACCACUGAGCUCGAGAUGCAACUGGCCAUCACGCAGACCCAGAACGUGAGCAUCCAGGGACAGCAGCAGCAGUCGCCCGAGGCGGGUACAAACUCGCCGCUGGCAUCGUACGCGCUGGCUCCAUGGCAGAUGGAGGAACGCUACCGAGCCCUGAUCCAGCUGCAGUCCUGCCUGGGCUCAUUCUUUGAGCGCGCCAGCCCAGCCUACGACCAGUCCAAGACUGUCUGGUGGUUCGAUCCGUCCUACCAUCUAUCCGACGGCCUCAACUACGACCGCUACGGCGCCCCCGACGUGCGUGCCUUUGAGGCGCAACUGCUCGAAGCUCUUGCGCUCGGCAGCAAGGCCUGCCCGACCAAGCUGCUCCUCACCUCGAGCGGCGUGGCGGCCUUCACCGUGCUGCACCAGUUCCUCAUGAGCACGGUUCUGACCGCGGGUGACACCAUCGUCAUCUCCCCCUACCUCUACUUCGAGUGCUUCGAGCACCUCCGGCUCAUCUCGCACAUCCGCGUCGUCAACUCGCCCACCUUCGCGGCCGAGGACAUCAUCGCCACGGCGGAAGCCCACAACGCCAAGGCCGUGUACCUGGACCCGAUGGCCAACACGCUGGGCCUGGACACGACCGACAUCCGCAAGAUGGCGCAGCUGCUCUCGUCGCGGGGCGACGCCGCCACCAACGGCUGGGCCGACCGGUACCUGCUGAUCGACGGGACGCUCAUCUCGGGCGGGAUGCCCGUGUACGACUGGUUCGGGCAGCCGGGGACGCACCACCCCAAAGUGCUCUACUACGAGUCCGCGCACAAGUACAUCCAGAUGGGCAUGGACGUCGUCAUGUGCGGCCUGCUCGUGUACCCGGCCGAGCACCACGAGACGAUCGGCCUGAUCCGGCAGGUGACGGGGACGACGCUGUACUCGCGGCAGGCCAACGUGCUCCCGCCCAUCGACUUGCCGAUCCACCAGAGCCGUAUGGGCUGGCUGACGGCCAACGCUGAGCGGCUGUACCACCUGCUCGACCAGAAGUGCGGGACCAUCGCGAAGAUCAACUUCCCGACGCACUGGCGCGGGAUGGGCUGGGGCCACGGCGGCAACGUCGUCACCAUCCGCCUGUACGGUGACGAGAGCAUCAACAAGCGGCCCAGCCUGGACGCUUUUACCGCGCUGAUCCUGCGUGCGGGAGAGGAGGAAGGCGUCGCGCUGACCAAAGGUGGCGGUCUGGGCUUCUCUGUCACGCGGGUCUGGCCGUCGACGCCGUUCAUCCGCAACGAGGACCCGUACAUGCGCAUCUCGGUGGGCAUCGACCCGGCCGAGGUCGAGCCGACGGCCAGGGCGAUUGAGAAGGCGCUCGACCGGCACUACCGCGCGAGCAGGUCGGCCAUGGCGCAGUGGCGGCUCCGAGAGAACGGCGGUGUUGCGGUCGUGCAGAAUAAUGGUGCUGGUGCUGGCGUGAUUGGGGGGAACAAGGAGAACGGGGUUGUCAAGGCUGGGAGUGCGUACUUUGUUAGCUGA